AUACAUCUUCAGCUGACCUUCAGCACCCAUUGUCGCUCUUAUCCCACGAGAGCUCUUAGUAUCUUCCCAAUGGCUUCCAAAGCUCUGUUCUCUCUCCUUCUACCACUUGCCCUAUUCGCCUCUGCCGUUCUUGGAGAAUCCGAUGUCACCUGCGAGAAGCUGGACCGCGCCACAUGCGCAUUCGCGGUGUCCUCUUCCGGUCAUCGAUGCGUGCUAGAGAAGCACCUGGGAGGGGACAAUCGGGCGGAGAAUUACUCGUGCCGCAGCUCCGGCGUGGAAGCCGCGGGCCGCUUCUCCGGCUGGAUCGAGACCGACGAGUGCGUGAAAGCUUGCGGCCUAAGCCGGGAAACGCUCGGGAUCUCGUCGGAUUCCUUGCUCGACCAGCAGUUCAUGCGGCAGCUCUGCUCGCCGGAAUGCUACCGCGGCUGCCCCAACGUCGUCGAACUAUACUUUAACCUCGCCGCCGGCGAAGGCGUUUUCCUUCCAAACUCGUGCGGAAGAAACGGAGGCAGUUCCCGACGAGAAAUGGCUGAGAUAAAGAGCUCCGGUGAGGUGAAGGCAGCGCCUGGGCCUUGGGUGAGCUUUAUAGCAUUACCUCCGACAUCGCCGGAGAAGCUUUCAGCCUAUAACAAUGGCGAAGCCUUGCCGCCGCUUUAAAUAGCUAGUGCUGUAUAAUUCAAAUAUAGUAGAAUAAAUCUUCUGUAGUUGUGUAUGUCAGUACUAUAUACUCUACUGUCACAAAAUAAAAUGCGCGCCUUCAGACGCUUGCAAGUGCAUUAUUUGUUGUAGAAGACAAAGUUCUUAUUCAAGUUUUUUUAAUGAAGUAAAUGGGAAUAAUAUUCUCAUGCAAUUAUUAGUUUCUUUCUAA